UUCAGCCACACCUUUUUUGCUGCAACAAUCAGAUACUGCACCCUAUUGGGUCUAAUUUCAUUACCCAGUGCCCACUGCUUACUAGAAGAGUAGGAGUAAAGUAAACACUGCAAGAGUACAAGUAUAAAGGUUGAGUGUAAAAUAUCAAUGAUAACAGGAUUAAUAGCAACACUGAGAGAGAAGGAGAAAAACAAGAUAAAGUGGAGAAAAUGUUGUAUCAUAUAAUGAUUAUAGUAUUACUGAGUAUCUGUUGUAUUGAUGCUGCUACUGUUUGGUUUGAUCCUAAUACUUACAAUGUGACUGAAGAAGAUACCAAUAUAACUGUUAUCAUCUCAUUAGUGACAUCUGAGCCUCUUAGUGCAGACUCCACUGUUAGAAUAUCCAACGUAACUAAUGAUGGAGCAACCAAUCAAGCUACUGCUGGAGUUGAUUACAUGUCAUUUAAUGAUACAGUCACUAUACCUGCUGGUUCUACAAGUUAUAAUUAUACUGUCACCAUCUUCUCUAAUCCAGAGGCUGAAUUAUCUGAAGUAUUCAGUGUAUCUGUAGAGUUUGUCAGUGGAAACCAACUGACAGUUAAUGGAUCUAAUGCUGUAAUAACUAUUAAUGAUACUGAUGUUCCUACUGUGAUGUUUGAUCCUGUUACUUACAAUGUAACUGAGGGAAAUUCUUUUAUAAUCUCAUUUGUGACAUCCCAACCUCUUCUUGGAUCAUCUAUUGUUAGACUGUAUGAUAUACCAACUGCUGGAGCAACUAAUCAUGCUACUCCUGGAGAUGAUUAUGGGUCAUUUAAUAGGACGAUCACUCUACGUGUUAGCAGCUCCACAAGAUAUUAUGAUUAUUCUAGACAUAUGUAUGAUGAUUACAGAGCUGAAUUUACUGAGCAAUUCAGUGCAACGUUAGAGUUUGUCAGUGGAUGGCCAUUGACAUUUACUGGACCCAAUGCUACUCUUAAUAUUAAUAAUGUUGAUGUGCCUACUGUACAGUUUUAUCCAGUUACUUACAGAGCAUAUGAGGGAGAUACUAAUGUAACUCUUAAUAUCUCAUUUGUGACAUCACAACCUCUUCUUGGAUCAUCCAUUGUUAGAAUAUUUGAUAUACCAACUACUGAAGCAACUAAUGAUCAUGCUACACCUGAUCUUGAUUACAUGUCAUUCAAUGAUAUAAUCACUUUACCUGCUGGUGCUACAAGACAUGAUUAUACUAUUCUUAUCAUUCUUAAUCUUGAGGCUGAAUCAUAUAGAGAAGUAUUCAGUGCCACUUUAGAGUUUGUUAGUGGAUGGCCAUUGACAUUUACUGGAUCCAAUGCUACCAUUACUAUUUAUGAUGCUAAUGUCCGUACCAUCGGAUUCUCCUCCAGUUACAGUUAUAUUUAUUCUCAAGAGACCACUAAUGUUACUCUUACUCUAAGAGGUGUGACAUCACAGCCUCUAUUAGGAGACACUAUCAUUAGACUAACUGAUGUACCUACACCUGGUACUACCAAUCCUGCUACUAGGAACAUUGACUACAUUGGCUUAAAUGAGGAGAUACCUCUACCUGUUGGGUCUACUGGUUUCUCUUAUAAUGUGACAAUACUAGCAUCUCCAGCAUCUGAGCUUACAGAAUACUUCAAUGUUAACAUGUCCUAUGUAAGUGGAGCACCAUUAAGAGUGACUGGAUCAGUUGCUACCAUCACCAUUUAUGAUACUAGCUUUAUAUUGUUGACAUUCACUUCUCCUGAGUAUAUAGUUUCUGAAAACAAUGGAAGUGUCACUGUUACUGUAACAUCAUCAUCUCCUGUUCUUACUGAUACUGUCAUUAGAUUAACUGAUGAACCAACUAGUGGUGGAGCUAGAAAUAUCACUGAUUAUAAAUCAUUUUCUGAUACAAUAACAAUACCAAGUGGACAAUCAUCAGCUUCAUAUUCAAUAUCAUUAGUAGAUGAUACUGUACCAGAAUCGACAGAAUCCUUUGAUGUUAGAAUGGGCAUAGUAUCAAGAUAUCGUGUUACUUCUAAUCACAAUACAGCAGUUGUGACUAUCACUGAUAAUGACAGUACAAGCUCUAUUGAUGUGGCACUAGUGAUAUCUGGUCUGAAUAUAUCCUUUAUUAUCAUAUUGACGAUUAUAUUAAUUGCUGUCAUUUUGUAUUUUAGGAGGAAACUUAAUAAUUCAAUGACUGCUGACAAGCCACCAGUUGCUACUACUGAGGCCAGUAAUAUGAUGUAUGAUAAGAAUGUGAGCUAUCAACUGCAUAAAAUAACUAAUGAGACUGGUGUGUAUGAAGAUGUUCUUCAUUAAUAAAGUCAUUGAUGUAAUUAAUUAUUGUUAGUUGAUGAUUGAACAUUAUUAGUUAAUAGUUACUUAAUUCAACCUCUUGCUUUUUAAGGAUAAGUACCUUUGUUUGCUGUUCCUGUACA